AUGGCUGCGAGAGUGCUGUUGGGACGGCGUGUCGCCGCGCCUUUCAUGGCCGCAACUCUCGCUGGAGGAGCUCUAAUUCCCUCGGUCGCCUUUGCUGAGGCCCCGGAAGAUCUGUCCAAGAAGCCCAUCUACGACGACUUCGAGAUCCCUAUCCCCCAAGGCCGCCGGCCCAACGCCAUCGCCCUUUUCAGACACCAUCCCGCGGGCCUCGUCACCAGAGUCGCCAUCAGCAGAGACACAGCCGCUGCCAUUGGCCGCGCCCGGCUGUUCCUGUACGAGCACGCCACGCGGGCCGAGGACGCCGUGAACCGGGGCAUGGACCAGGCCUUCCACCUGGAGAAGUCCUUCACGCAGACGGUGGCCUCGCUGGCGCCGCCGCGCGAGAGCGGCGAGCAGCUGAUGCCGGGCCUCGUCUACGUCCUGGUCGCCGGCAUGGCGGGAAGCAUCGUCAGCCGCAACCGCAACAUCCUGCUCCGCGCCGCGGCCCCCCUCGCCUUGGGAGUCGGCGCCGGCUGGCUCGUUCUCCCCGUCACCAUGAACAAUGUCAGCGGCCUGCUCUGGAAGUACGAGCAAAAGUUCCCCGUCAUUGCCGAGGCCCACAUCCGGACGCGUGAGAACAUCUUCAAGAGCUUGGAGAUGGCCAAGGUGCACUCUCAGGUUAGCAGACAAUAUGUAGACGAAAAGGUCACUGGUGUGCGAGACGCAGUCGAGGACUGGGUUAAGAAGGGCAAAUAA